CACUUGUACUCUACUUCCAAUGUGGCGUUUCAAUCCUCCGCAGCGCCCACACAAACACAGUCACGGAGCAGCAAAGACUCCCUUUUUAUCAUCACACCUACAAAGUUUUGCUUUAUCCACAAGCUAAAGAAAGAGCAUUUAUUAAAAAACCAGAAACCGAUCCUCCUUGCCGUCUCGCGUUUCCUCUCCGGCUCCGUCCAUCCAGCCAAAAGAAGCUCGCGGAAAAUGGCUGCAACAGGAGGGGCAACAUUGCUCCUCCUCUUCUUCUCGUUGACCUGUUUCCUUCACUUCGCGAUUGUACAUGCCAACUUCUUCGAGCCUUUCAAUGUUAGCUAUGAUCACCGGGCUAUGAUCAUCGGCGGCAAGCGCCGGAUGCUCAUCUCCGCCGGAAUCCACUACCCUCGCGCCACUCCUCAAAUGUGGCCGGACCUGAUUGCAAAGAGCAAGGAAGGCGGGGCAGAUGUGAUCCAGACAUAUGUGUUUUGGGGCGGGCAUGAGCCGGUUAAAGGACAGGAGGCCGCACGAUCAGACUCGGCAGCCCCCGCCGCCGCGCGCCUGCUCUCGACGGCCGCCCCUGCACCGCGCGCCGUCGCCCGACCUGCGCCGCCGGCCUGGCCAUCGCCGAGCGCCGCGUCCGCGCUCCCCGCGCCCGCGCUCCCCGCGCCCGCGUCCCCGGCGCCCGCGCCCUCGGCGCCCCACCCCGCGGCGGCUGCCGCGACCGCCUCUAUCGCGCAAGGCGCGCCUCAGCCCUGCCUCUCGCUGCACUCGGUGGCCGGCUGGGCCUCCCCGGGAACCCUCCGUUUCCGAGCACGAAUCGAGGAUCGUUUGGCCAUCACUCUGGUCGACAGUGGCGCGGGCUUUCCUGUGUGGCUACGUGACAUCCCAGGCAUAGCAUUUAGAACAGACAAUGCUCCUUUCAAGGAGGAAAUGCAACGGUUUGUUACUAUGAUAGUGGAUCUGAUGAGAAAGGAAAUGCUAUUCUCUUGGCAAGGUGGUCCAAUCAUCAUGUUACAGGUUGUAAGACAACUUUCAUUGUUUGAGAAUCAUAAAAUGUGUUUGAAUGAACUGAUAGAAAAUGAAUACGGAAACAUUGAAAACUCAUUUGGUCCUGGGGGCAAGAGAUACAUGCAAUGGGCAGCUAAUAUGGCUUUGGGACUUGGUGCUGGUGUUCCAUGGGUGAUGUGCAAGCAAACUGAUGCGCCUGAAAAUAUUAUUGAUGCAUGUAAUGAUUACUACUGUGAUGGUUUUAAACCAAAUUCCCCUAACAAGCCAGUUCUUUGGACAGAGAAUUGGGAUGGAUGGUACACAGAAUGGGGUGAGGGCCUUCCACAUCGGCCAGUUGAAGACCUUGCCUUUGCAGUUGCACGAUUCUUCCAACGUGGAGGGAGCUUCCAAAAUUAUUAUAUGUAUUUUGGUGGAACGAACUUUGGUCGGACAUCAGGAGGGCCGUUCUAUAUAACCAGCUAUGAUUAUGAUGCCCCAUUGGAUGAGUAUGGUCUUCUAAGAGAGCCCAAAUGGGGCCACUUGAAAGAACUUCAUGCUGCUAUAAAGCUUUGCGAACCUGCUUUAACUGCUACAGAUUCUCCCAAGUACAUAAACUGGGGCUCAUGGGCUCAAGAGGCACAUGUUUAUGAAAAUCAAAGCUGGUGCGCUGCAUUCCUUGCGAAUAUUGAUGAACACAAGACGGUAACUGUUUCGUUCCGUGGCCAGUCUUAUGUUUUACCACCAUGGUCAGUGAGUGUACUACCAGACUGCAAGAAUGUUGUGUUCAACACCGCCAAGGUCACGGCGCAAACUUCCAUAAAAAGUGUGGAGCUUGCUUUGCCUAUGGCUCCAGGUAUCUCCAGUCCUCGGCAAUCCGUGGCUGAGGAAGGGUCACUUAUGUCAGGGUCCUGGUUAGUUGUGAAAGAGCCAAUUACUAUCUGGAGCGAGAAUAAUUUCACUACUAAAGGCAUCCUGGAGCACCUGAACGUGACCAAGGACCAAUCUGACUACCUGUGGUAUUUCACCAGACUUUAUGUUUCAGAUGAUGAUGUUGCAUUCUGGGCAGAAAACCAAGUGACUCCUGCCAUAACAAUAGAUAGUAUGCGUGAUGUUUUACGGAUAUUCAUCAACGGACAGCUUACUGGCAGUACUACUGGUAAGUGGGUUAAGGUGUCCCAGCCAGUCAAGCUUCAAAAAGGAUACAAUGAUGUAGUGCUGUUAUCUCAGACUAUGGGUUUGCAGAAUUACGGUGCCUUCUUAGAGAGAGAUGGAGCAGGAUUUAGAGGCAAAACUAAGAUUACUGGAUUUAAAGAUGGAGAUAUAGACCUCUCAAGCUUGUUCUGGACUCACCAGGUUGGGCUCAAGGGGGAGUUCUCAAAAUUAUACUCAAAAGAGAGCAAUGAGGAAUCAGAAUGGAGUAAUUUAACGCCUGAUGUAAUCCCAUCCACUUUCACCUGGUACAAGACUUACUUUGAUGCACCAGCUGGGACUGACCCAGUUGCACUUGAUUUGGGAAGCAUGGGAAAGGGCCAGGCAUGGGUGAACGGACACCACAUCGGAAGAUAUUGGACUAUUGUUUCUCCUAAAAACGGAUGCCAAUCCUGCAAUUACGCUGGAGCAUACAGACCAGAGAAAUGCAGAACAAACUGUGGGAAUCCCACUCAGACAUGGUACCACGUCCCACGCUCAUGGCUCCGAGAAUCAAACAGCAACUCGCUCGUACUGUUUGAGGAAACAGGAGGCAAUCCAUUUGGGGUUUCAGUGAACGUACGAUCCUCUCGAACUGUAUGUGGCAGCGUCUCGGAGUCCGACUAUCCACCUGUCGCCAAGUGGUCUCGUCCAAGCUCUGUUGAUGGACAGAUCUCAAUCACAGACGGAGCACCAGAAGUGCAUAUACAGUGCCAAGAAGGCUACACAAUCUCCUACAUAGAAUUCGCUAGCUACGGAACUCCCAAGGGGAGCUGCCAGAGCUUUUCGCGUGGCAGCUGCCAUGCGGCUAGCUCUGCUUUAUUGGUUUCCGAGGCAUGCCUGGGGAAAAACAAGUGCCACAUUGAGGUUUCUAAUUCCAUGUUCGGGGAUCCAUGCCCUAGGGUUACCAAGACAUUGGCCGUGGAGGCAAGAUGUGAAUCAUCAUCUUCAUCAUCUGCCUCUUCUUCUGUGGCUGAGUUUUGAUAAGAUUUGGCCACCUUUCUUUCCUGAGAGUCAGCCAUGCUGUGCUGCAAGUUGAUAUGAACAUGAAGCCUUUCUUGUGUAUAGUAGUGAUGGUAAGACAAUGUUUCUAUUACCGCACUGAAUCCGUUGUUGUAAAGCUACGGAAGUCAUGUAUCAACACACUUAGUUAUCAUCUUCAACACAACAGUAUUACUUGUUUACGUUAAUAAGACCAAAUGAUUAUGGGAGAAAGUGAUUUCAUCUUUUCAGUUUGGCAAACCAUAAGGCACUUUAGAAUAUAAGAAGCGGUGAAGUACGCAGAGCUUUUGUUUUGAUGCGUCGUUCUUGAAAGAAGGAGACGUACAAUUGCCUCUACGCGAGUAGAACAGAAGGUUUCCCCAGUUGCAGAGGUGCUAGGGGGCUCGCCGCAAUUGCGUUUGUUCAUUUUGUAGGGACCCAAACCACUAUUCUGAUCAUGAAAGAAUUGCGUUUGGUUUUGCUAUGUGCUUUUUUGUCCGUUAGAUUUGCAGGGUUUGUUGUACUGCUUU